AUGUAUUUCGUCUUCGAUGCGUUGAUAGGAAGACCAAUCCGCCUAGAUCCGCCUGAAAUCAUCCUGGAUUCGCUGGCGAACAACAUUAAAGAGUUUCGCUACGAACCAGAGGGAAGCGUCACGUUCGCUGCUUGGUACGCCAGGUACGACGACCUGUUUGAAAAAGAUGCUGCUCGCCUAGACGAUGAGGCCAAGGUCCGCUUGCUCAUGCGGAAACUGGGUGCUGCGGAACACGAGCGAUACAGCUGUGUUGAGUUCGAAUUGAGCAAGAUGACCGAAGAGCAAUUCAAAUGUGUGAUGUUUGUUUGCGGUCUGAAAUCGGAGGGAGAUAGCGAAAUACGAACAAGAUUGCUUUCGAAGAUACACGAGGAGCGGACGGACGUCACACUCGAACAGCUGUCAGCGGACUGUCAACGAUUGUUGUGUCUGAAGCAUGAUACGGCAAUGAUCGAAUUGCCAACGUCAGUAGCAGUGCAGUUCGUCAAACGUAAGCAAUUCAACAAGUAUCCAGCGAAGCCCAGCAUCGGAUCCGCUGGAACCGGAACGAAACAAGCCAGGAACGUACCAGCAUCACCCUGCUGGAACUGUGGAGCAAUGCACUUUAACCGGGACUGCACGUAUAAGCAACACAAGAGCAACGAUUGCGGUCUCGUCGGCCAUCGUGAGGGGUAUUGCUCGAGCGUUCGGAAAAAACCCCAAAUCAUCGGCUUUCAAGUCGAAAGGCCGACCGAAAGCUGUCUCAACGAAAACACUCAAGUCAACGGAGUGGAUGUACGUCUUCAGUUAGACACUGGAUCUGACAUCAGUGUUGUGUCGAAGCGGAUCUGGGAGAAAGUUGGCAAGCCACCGAUAAUGCCAUCUACGGAACGAGCCGCAACAGCGUCAGGAGAUCCGCUAAAGCUACUUUUCAAGUUCGUCUGCACCGUAUCAAUCAACGGUGAGCAACGCCAAACACAAUUCUACGUGGUGGAGAAGUCCCUUCAGCUGCUAGGGAUCGACAUGCUCGAUGCUUUCGGAUUGUGGUCUGUGCCUAUCAAUUCCUACUGCAACCGUGUCACCAGUUCUUCUACCACUGUGGACACCCUCAAGGCGGCAUUUCCGGAAGUCUUCCGAAGUGAACUUGGAUUGUGUACAAAAACAAAACUCAAGCUAGAGCUCAAGCAAGAUGCAGUACCGGCGUUUCGCCCUAAACGUCCUGUGGCUUACGCCAUGUACAGCGCGGUGGAUGACGAGUUGGACAGAUUGGAGCGCGCCAAGAUCAUUUCACCGGUUGAUUUUUCCAAUUGGGCGGCCCCGAUUGUAGUCGUCCGCAAGACCAACGGCUCCAUACGGAUUUGUGGGGAUUAUUCUACCGGCCUCAAUGAUGCCCUGCAGCCGCAUCGGUACCCUCUCCCGUUACCGGUAGACAUUUUCGCCAAGUUAGCCAACUGCACCGUGUUCAGCCAGGUAGACCUUUCUGACGCCUUCCUCCAGGUGGAAGUCGACGAAUGUAGUCGGGAUCUUCUUGCCAUCAACACCCACCGAGGAUUGUACCGCUAUAACCGUCUACCACCAGGAGUCAAGACAGCACCAGGAGCAUUCCAGCAGCUGAUAGACACCAUGUCAGCUGGUCUCCCGUGCACUUCUGGUUACCUUGAUGACGUGGUUGUUGGCGAAAAAGACACUGAGGAGCAUUGGACCAAUCUUCGUGCAGUGUUGGAGCGGAUUCAAGAAUUUGGUUUCACCAUCCGGUCAGAGAAGUGUACGUUCGCUCAGCCACAAAUCAAAUAUUUGGGCUACCUGCUCGACCGCAACGGGCUACGACCAGAUCCAGUGAAGAUUCAAGCUAUCACCGACAUGGCUCCUCCCACUGAUGUCUCCGGCGUACGCUCUUUCCUCGGGGCGGUUAAUUAUUACGGUAAAUUCGUCCAUAGAAUGAGAACUCUUCGUUUCCCGUUGGACGAGCUACUCAAGGCUGGCACCGAAUUCCGUUGGACAACACAAUGCCAACAGGCGUUCAUGAGGUUCAAGGAGAUUCUUGCUUCAGAUUUGCUCCUCACCCAUUACAACCCGAAUCUCGACAUCGUCGUAUCGGCAGACGCUUCUUCUGUCGGUGUUGGUGCCACUAUCAGCCAUAAAUUCCCGGAUGGUACCAUGAAGGUCGUUCAGCAUGCGUCGCGAGCACUCACACCGGCCGAGCGGAACUAUAGCCAACCCGAUCGCGAAAGCCUAGCCAUCAUAUUCGCGGUAACGAAAUUUCACAGAAUGUUGUUUGGUCGGUGCUUCCAUCUGCAAACGGAUCACGCACCUCUUUUGAGGAUUUUUGGCUCGAAGAAAGGCAUUCCGGUCUACACGUCGAACCGAUUGCAGCGCUGGGCGCUAACGCUGCUACUGUACGACUUCACCAUCGAGCACGUUCCAACAGCGAAGUUCGGUAACGCGGAUGUGCUUUCUCGACUCAUCAGUCAGCACGUGAGACCGGAUGAGGAUUACGUUAUCGCCUCGGUUGCUCUUGAGGACGAUAUCAGGAUCGUACAAAAAGUCACUCAGUCCGAUCCUGUCACAAAAAAAGGUAUACCGUUUCCUAAACGAUGA